AUUGAAGCCUGACUUUACUAUAUCUGUACCGUGUGAAUGCACCAACUGACGUGAGUAGUCGUUGUGCCUGAGUUUGGUGCUGCUGCAAGCCCGUUCAUUGGUGUAGCACUGGGACGAUGGCUAGACAUAAGGUUCUAAUGUUAUUAGCGCUGAUAGGACCAAUAGCUAUCCAACUAGCAGAAGGCGCGGCAAGAAGGAAAUCGCCCCCGCCUAGCGCGCCAUCUCCGCCUCCGCCAACGCGGCCGCGUGUGCCGCCGGGCUCGAAGCCAAACAUCAUUUUGCUCCUUACCGACGACCAGGAUUACGUGAUGAACUCAACGCACCCCUACUACAUGCCGAUGCUGCACAAACAUCUGCGGCUACAAGGGACGGAGCUGCCACACUUCAUCACCUCUGUGGGUAACUGCUGCCCCAGCCGCACAGUGGUCCUGACGGGGCGCCACUGCCACAACAACAACCUAACCGCCAACGACCCGCCACACGGUGGCUAUGCUGGCUUUAAGACCAAGAAGCUGGACAAGAGCUAUCUGCCGCUGUGGCUGCAGGCCGCCGGCUACCAGACCUACUGGGUGGGCAAGGCGUUGAACGGCUUCAGCACCUUCAUGGCCGACAAGUAUGGCUGCCUGCCCGGCUGGGACCACCUCAUGCCCAGUGUGGGGCCGCCCACCCAGGCCGACCUGGACGAGUUCCAGGCCGGCCUGGCCCAGCGCCCGCCCGUGUACCUCAAGUACUAUUACACCAACUGCCAGUACCACGAGCGCAAGGUCGGCCUGCCCGACGACAACCUGUUUGAGCGCGCGCACUCGCUGAUCGAGGACUCCGUGGACUCUGGCAACCCCUUCUUCCUCAAGCUGGCCGUGUCCGCCCCCCACGACGGCCCCGUGGACGGACUGCCGCGCAUCGCCGACCGGUACCUGUCGGCGUUCCCGGGCCUCAAGGUUCCCCGGGGGCCCAACUACGGCAAGCCCAUUGACGACCGCUUCGGCAUGAGCAAGCAGCGGCCGCUGUGGUGGGACAGCGCCGACUCGGACAUCCGCUACCGCGCCCGCGCGCAGUCCAUGUUGGCCAUCGAUGAGCAUCUGGACAAGCUAGUGACCAAGCUGGAGUGCCUGGGCAUCCUGAACAACACCUACAUCAUCUACACCUCGGACAACGGAUUCAAGCUGGGCCAGCACAACAUCCCACAGGAGAAGUGGACCUACUAUGAGGAGGACGUCGCGCUGCCCUUCUUCAUUCGCGGGCCCGGCGUGCCGCGCGGCGCCUACGCCAACACGGUCCAGGCCGCCAUGGUCGACGUCACCGCCACCAUCCUCAACCUCGCCGGCGCCGCGCCGCCUGCCAACGCCGACCCCGUCGACGGCGCCCCGCUGCCAUUCGACCUGCUGCGCACCCUGCACUCGCAGCCCAACAGCCCCUUCUACAGCUACAAGGGAGCCUACUGGAACGCGGCGCCCGGAACCGUGGACAUGCUGGCGCCGCCGGCGACGGACGCCGCCACCUGCGCCCGCAGCGCGCGCCCGCCGCCCAUGCCGCCGCUACCGCCGCGCCCGCCGCCGUGCAAGGGCGGCAAGUGCAAACCCAUCGACGUGGGCUCUGACGACGACGACUCCGAGAAUGCGUUGCUCAACCGUUUGGCGUCGUAUGAUGCCGAGAACGGUACCGAAUCUGGGUCUGGGUCCGGCCGCCGCAUGCUGCGAAAUGGCGCCGCCGCCGCCACUGGUACGGAGCUGGAGGGCGCGGAGGCGGAGGCGGACGAGCUGCGGCGGCAGCUGGCGGAGGCGACCAUGGUAAUGGAGCUUGAGGAGGAGGCGGAGGAGGAGAGGGAGCGGCGCGCGCUGCAGGCGGCGGGCUCGGCGGCGGGCCGCAUCUCUACGUGGUCAAACAUGGCCUUGAUUGAGCAGUGGAAGUAUGGCAACCUGUGGCGCGGCAAGGACUACCGCGUCAUUCGCGCCUGCAUGCCGCCGAACGCCACCAUCGCAGCCAGCGCCGCCGGCACCCGCCGCACUGGAAACGUGUGUUACAAGUAUGUGGUGUUUUGCAACAUUGAGCGCGCUUACGGCGCACUGCGCCUCAACCAGCUGUUCAACCUGAGCUCCGACGAGGCCGAGGUCAACGAUCUGCUGCUGAAGAAGCCCCUGCCCACCGGCACACAGCGGCUUGUUGACCGGCUGGACGCGGCGUUGACCGUGCUGAGCUACUGCUCUGGAUUCAGCUGCGCGCAGCCCUUCACCCGGAUCCACCCGGAUGGAUCUGUGGUCAACCUGGCAGAGGCCAUGGAUCCCAAGUACGACAGCCUGUACGCCGGAUUCAAGAAGCUCGACUUCUACCGCUGUGCAGAGUACUACGACCCUGCCAACGAGAUCCCGGAUUCACGCCUGGUCCCAGAGGAGUGGACACUGCCGGGCGCCGCGCCGCCGCCCCGCCCGCCCACCAGCACGUUGGACCCCUACGUCCCGUUUGUGAAGCCGCCCAAGAAGGGCGGCGGCAAGAAGGGCGGCAAGAAGGGUUUGUAAGGCCGGGAAACGGUUACGGUUACAGUAUGAUUAAAGUCCUUUCUUUUGACAUUUAAACACCGCUCCUGAAGACGGGAUGCUCUGUGCAGUGGCACGGGCAUGGUUUAAGCUCUACUCACGAGUUGACACAUCGCUCCACGAGAGUCCCGCUCUUCACACUCAUACUGUCCAAACGGCGGCCGCGUACGAUUUAUGGGAUCCAGUAACAACGAAGAUUCAACAUAGAGCGGGCGAUUCUACGAAGCGGGCUUAUGGCACCCCUGUUCCACUAUGAGUACUAUGAGUUGCUGACUACCGUAUGUGACAGAAAGGUUGUCUAGCUACGGCAUUGAACUUUCUUUCUUGUGAACGUUUGGCCAUGAUAUGGAGACGCACAGUGAAAGGGCUGGCGAUGUUGUCUGGGCCUGACCAGUUGCUGUUGACGAGUGGGCCUGGUGUUGACGAGUUUAUGUUGAACGCAGGGGAGGUUGAACGUCGGACUGUGGAGGUGUUCCGGGCGCCUGGAAUCCCUGGAUGCAGAACGAUGCAGGAUAUACAGGACAGUUGCAGCACGCAUGCCACUACAAGUCUUGCUGGGGAAGCUAUCAAUGGCGCGUGCCCGUGUAAGGGAAGUGAACAACGUGCGUGUGUGGCUCUAGUCAAGAAGACAAGAACACCGUGCAGGCUUGCAGGCAAUGCAGGCGCGGCGUGGCUCGUGCGCAUGUCCCUGCAUACCCUGGCACGGCUUGCCCGCUUUCCCCUUUCCAUGAACUUGUGUAUUGACGAGCCAUUUCAUC